AUGCCACUGCUCCACAGAAAACCGUUCUCCAAGAACCCUGUGCCCAGGGGCCUGAGGGACACGGAUGAGGUGUUCUACUGCGAGCUGACCAAAGAAAUUUUCCUCAGUUACGAGCAUUAUGUAGAAAGAAUUAUUUUGUGUAAUUCAUUAGUGUGGUCAUGUGAACUUACUGGUAAAAAAAAUAUGACCUAUAAAGAAGCCUUGGAUUGUGAAUUAGACUCAAAAAAAAUGUUGAAUGACUUUCCAAAUGAGCUUCAAAAACCCAUUUUGUAUUUAUUAUCUUUGACAAAAUGUUCUUCUUUGAAAGAGCUCAUUGAACAAAUAUUUAAUUACGUAAGAUAUAGAUAUUUUGUAUCAGAAAUUGUGGAUGUUGCUUUAGAACAAGAUCAAUGGUUAAAAUGUAGAGUUUUAGCUGUGCAUGCACCUUCUGACCAAAAAAUUGCUGAAAGAAAUCAUCAUACACCAAAAAAAUCAAAUGAUAGUAAUUCAAGUACAGCUCUUGCAUUUUAUAGUUAUGAUGUAGAACUACUCAGUCCUAAAAAAAAACAAAAUCCAAACACUGAACCCAUAUAUAGGGUUGAUGGUGUUCAAAUUCGAAGAUCAAAAGCUUGUUUUACGAGAGAUCGUUGUAGAUUUUUUAUAACUCAUAAUGUUGAGUUUAAAAAUGGUUUGAUUACACUAAAGGAUAAUGUAGCAAGUAGUAUUGCCAACCUAAAAUUUGAAGAUAUAUUCAGUGGAGAAUCUCCUCAAUUUUCUGAAACAAAAAAGAACAAAAUUUUAGCCAAAAAUGGAUUAACUAAAAAAAGUAAUAAAUUAAUUAAUGGAGGAGAACCCUCCAAAAAGGAUGAUAAAUCAAUGCAAGAAACAGUUGAAAAAUUGAAAGAAGAAAAAUUGAAAAUUAAAGAAAAGCGAAAGGAAGAAAAAGAAAAACUAUCCAAAUUUAUGAAGGAAUGGAACAAGAAAAAAGAAGAUCUUGAAUUGGAAGAUUUAAAAGAAUUACCCAAUGUAAAUCCAGUUAAUUUGCGAGUUCCAAAUGAACACUUUGGGGACUUCAUUAUGAUCUAUGAGUUUUUUCAUAACUUUUGGUCUCAACUUGAUGCAGGCAGUUAUUUCCCACAAGGAAUGAGUAUAGAAUUAUUAGAAAGAUGUCUAGUAGAAGAGGAAAUAACAGGCCCGUUAAAUACUUUGGUUCAGGUAUUAUUAACAACAAUAUUUGACCUUGAAGAAGAUGAAGAAGCCGAUAUGAAAGAUAGUCAUAUUUCAGGAUGUGAGCCGGUUUAUAAUAUUAGUGAUGAUAAAACAAAAACUGCAGUAAAAUUAGCAACCAACGUUAAAAAUUGGACAACACAGCAUUUGGGCCAACAGUUGAAUAAAAUAACAUUACAACCAACUGUAAUUUCAGAAGUUUUGAGAAUUCACAUACUGUCAUCUGGUGGAAAAUGUUCUGAUAGAAUGACAAAGUGGAUAUACCAUGAAAGAGGAAACUAUUGUCCUACAGAUGAUCCUGGACUUAAUAUUAGAUUAGAACACCCAGAAGUAUUAGCAGCUCUUAGUCGUCAUCAUAUUUCAUGUUUGCCAAUUUCUGACAAAAUAAUGUUAAUUAAUUGCUUGAUGAAUCAAAUAUUAACAUUUUCAUCGUAUCGAAUACAACUACUGAAUACUGUUGUUAAAAUGAAAAAUGACAGACUAGAAGUAAGAAGUGCAUUAGCAGCGGAAAAGAAAAAAACCCUAGAAAUAGUUCAAAAAAAAAAAGAAAUGAAACUAUUGAACGGUGAAGCUCAGAACAUAGAAACUUCUGACCAAAAGGCUAUUAAUAGUAGAUUAAAUGAAUGGAACAAAAAACUUUCUGAUUUAACUGAUUUAGGCAUGACUGCUCAAAUAUUGCCUCUUGGAACUGAUCGAGCAUUUAAGAAGUAUUGGAUGUUUGCAACUAUGCCUGGACUUUUUAUUGAAGAUGAUGAACCUUAUCCUGGAACUUGUCUACCCAAUGGUACUCCUAUUAAUAACAUUAAUGAGAACGAUCCUGUGUCUUAUGUCAAAAAACUGUUUGAAAUGAAUGAAAAAGAAAAUGUUAGUGAAUCAAGAGUCAGUAUAUCGAAUACACCAUCAAAAAAAAGACUUCUUGAUGAGAGUAACAAUACGUCAUUUAUGACCAAUGGGAGUUAUGUAGAUCAAAAAAGGUCACUUUUGAGAUGUUUUGGUCCAGGCAGUCAAUGUCCAGUGCAUGAUAACAUUGAACAUAGGCUUGCUUGGGGUUAUUACAACACUCCAGAAGAAUUAGAUGGUUUAAUUAAUAAUUUAAAUUCAAGAGGAUUAAGGGAGGGUGAACUUAAGAAAGUGUUGAUACAAGAAAAACCACGUAUACUUUCAAGCAUGGAAAAAUGUACCAAUUGCCUUCUAAACCCGUCAUUGAUGGUCGAGGAUGAUAAAAAAAUUCAAAAACGUUUGAAAACUGAUUUUUCUGAAUUCAAAAAAUUAAACGUUAAAUUUCUACGUUUAGAUUCUGAUGUUGACACCUCAAUGGAAUUAACUUUAAGAGAGUAUAUUUUAUAUUUAGAACGGAGGUUAAACACCUCAGCACUCGGUAGCCUUGGGUUGAAGUCUUCAAAUAGAGAUCAAUGGAGGGAAAAUAUUUAUAAUGGCAUUUAUAAAGUCUCUGGUCAAUUGUCAUGGGGUAAUAGGAGUAAAGUGAACGAAGACAACUCUGAAAAAGCUAGUUCGCCAGAACUUAUUAAUUACCAAGAUCCAGUUACAUAUAUCAUUGAUAUUAAAGGUGAUAAAAAGAUAUUUGAGUUGGCUUCAGUUAUCCUUAAAAUAGAACAAUCUAUUGAGCCAAAAUUCCUCAGAAGACCAUUAGGAUUUGACAAAAAAGAAAAAAUGAGUUCAGCCAUAAAUCCUUUAAUGGAUAAGUGGGAAAUGUCACUGAUGAAUUCAUUAAAUUUUUCACAAUUAUUUUUACAUUUAAUUACAUUAGAGAAAAGUAUUGAAUGGUCAAAAUCAAUUAUGAAAGUCAAUUGUGUGUUAUGUCGAAGCAAUAAGGACGAAGAUGUUAUGUUGUUGUGUGAUAACUGUAAUAAAGGACAUCAUAUUUACUGUUUAAAACCAAAACUAAAGAAAAUUCCCCAAGGUGAUUGGUUUUGCCAAAAAUGUGUGCCUAUAGUAAAACAUGAAGAUGAAGACGACGAACCUGAGGAAAAAUCGAAGUUUGAUAUUUGUCACAUUUGUAAGGAAGAAGGGAAAGUGAUAACUUGUGAUGAUUGUUUGAAAAAUUACCAUUUAGCCUGUCUUAAUCCACCAAAACGUGCGCCGCCUAAACGAAAUUGGACAUGCUUCAGUUGUCGACAAACAUCUUGUAAAGGGGAAGAAGAAAAUAUUACUGAAGAGAAAAGUCGAAGAAGAGGUAGACAUACUGAACAAACAACUUUAACUACAUCUGAAGAUCUGCCCUUAGAUAAUGCUCUUCUUCAGUUACUUUUAAACCAAGUCAUGCAUCAUCCAGAUGCAUGGCCAUUUUUAAGACCUGUUACUAAGUCUCAGUGUCCUGAUUACCAUACAAUAAUAAAAACUCCCAUGGAUUUGGGUACCGUAAAGUAUAAACUUAAUAUGCUAUCAUAUAGUACAAAUGCAGAUUUGUUAAGUGAUAUGGAAUUGAUAUUUGAAAAUUGUUUUUACUAUAAUUCAGAAAAUUCUGAAGUCUUCAAGUGCGGUGAACAAGUAUACAAUUACUACAAAAAAUUAUGUCAAGAAUGCAAUUUGAAAGAUUUCAGUGAAGAUGGUGUAUAUGAUGGCCCUCCACUAAAGAAAUCAAAACACAGCUUAUAA